AUGUCUGCCUCUAUGACAUUUGCUCAGUCUUAUAUACUCGCCUCUAGAGUAAGAUCUAAGCUCACCAAGGAAGCCUCCAACCCAAAGUCGAGUCUUCGUGUCUUGGUAACACAAGCGAACAUGCUUGACAACUUGAUGGAUCACAUUGCCACAGAAACGGCAAAGAGAAACCAAAAGUUACGUGCCGUUUCUAUGCAAGAAGACAACGAAGAAGCCAUUGACAGUGAUAGCGACACCGAAAGCGACUCCGAAGAUGAGGAAGAAGAAGAAGAAUUUGAAGUUGGCCAAUCAAGACGUGUUAGCUUUGACCUUUCUACUUCCAGAGGCCGCCAAUUACACACUAGCGUUGCUGAAUACGAAGUCGAAUCUGAUUCAGACAGUGAGGACUCAGACUUCGACUCAGACUCAGACUCAGACUACUACUACAGCUCAGAUGACGAAGAAAUCUCUGAGGGAACGGAUUCUGCACAAUACGGUGCUGCUGAGGCAUUAGACCAAUUGAGACGUUCUGCUGGUGCCACUCAAUCCAUGUUUAAGGAACUUCCAAGUGUCAACCUUCACUAUCUUUCACCUAUCAGAGAAGAAGAAGAAGCCGAAGACGAAUCGGAUGUAUCAGAUGAUCAAACGGCCGAUGAUGAUGAAGAAGAAGUAAAUGACAAUGGUGUCCCUGGAUUGUGCCGCAGUUUGUCACUUUCAGAUGACGAAGAUUUCGAAUCUGAACACUACAAAUUAGAACACUCUAGCCAAUAUUAUAAGCCUAGAUAUCAAGAGUCCAUAGAUGGAAGGUUGUUCAAGUCAAACUACAAGUCUGACCACAUGCAACAUGGCCAAAUACCGCAUCUCAAUCACCAACAUGUAAACCACCAAAGACACAAUGCCAUCAUGAGCAUGGAGUCUAUAUUAUGA